AUGUGGCGGCUCUGCACCGGGUGCAAACAGCGCAAGAGCAAAGUAAUCCGCAACAUCAACUGCAACAAAGUCAACAUGUACAAGCUCGGAACCUGCCCCAACGGAAUGAGCUACCGUGAGAUCAGCGAGAACGUUGAGUGCUCUGAUUGCUAUACCCGACGUACAGAGGAUCUCGAAGCUGAUCGCAAGCGACGAUUCAAAGAGGCUUGGCCGGAUCCUGUUAAGGAGCCUGGGGAGAACUCUGAGGAGGUUUCGGAGGGAAAGAGUGAACUUCGCUCCGAGGUUACUGAGGACGAGGAUAUGAUCAUUGUUUAG